AUGGAUUUCCCACAUCCAUCGGCUUCUAAUGACGCGUGGAGGAGUCUAUGCAACGUCGUAGAACACAGCGGCAUUUUCGAUUCCGAAAAGCGCCAGCCCCACUCACGAUGCAUGGAUAACACGCGUGUUGCGCUUCGGGAGAGCAUCAGAGAAGUCCUUGAUCGACACGAUCGGACGAACGUUUGGCUCAACGGCCUCGCCGGAGUUGGAAAAACAUCCAUUGCAUUCACUGUCGCUGAGGAGAUGAAAAGGGUUGGAAGGCUUGCCGCCACAUUCUUCUUCUCGCACAAGCAUGCACAAGGCGCUGGAAGAAUAAUUCCUACAAUCGCAUACCAACUCGCACUGACGUUCCCGCGCAUUCGAGGUGAUAUCACGAAAGCGAUCGAGCAAGACGAGGUUCUCUUAUCGUCUGAAAAAUCUCGCAUUGAUCAGAUGCGGGAGUUGGUCAUCAAACCGCUACACGUCUUGAGAUUCCGUCAAGAAACUCCUUAUGCCAUCAUUAUCGAUGCUCUUGACGAAUGCUUCUCCACUGAGGAAGCGGCAAGACUUGUUGCCUUGUUCACGGAGACGCUCUCGGGACCAGACUUACCGACCAUCCACCUAGUAUUCACAAGCCGCCCUGAGGCGCACAUCCGCACAGCCAUGUCAGCUGAUGUCCGCCAUAUCUCCCUCACUACACGUGAUGCAGACAUCGUACAGGACGUUCGUUACUUUCUGCGAGCAUCACUUGAUAACAUACGGACAAGUCAUUCCGCCGUUUUCGGGUGGCCCCCCAUGCCUUGGCCGUCGGAGAAUGAAUUCGAGACCUUGGCCUUUAUGGCAGGCGGUCUUUUUGUCUAUGCUGCUAUGGUCAUCAAUUUUUUAUCCCCCGUCGGUCAUCAUCCACAGCAGAGACUAGAUCUCUUACUUCGCGAGAGGUCGAAUGCCAGCGCUGACAUUGACCAGCUUUAUCGGCAGAUUCUCGCAACUUCGGAGAAUCCACGCUUGCACUGCCGGAUGUUGGCAUCCGUCAUCAACCUCGUUCAACCGCUCCCACUUAGAGAUCUCCAAGAACUCUUCCACGCGGACAGAGAGAGUUUAGCUGUGAUGCUAGAAGCGUUUUCACCCGUUAUCUUGAAUUCACCUGAUGGGAGUGGGAACGUUGAGAUUUAUCACGCUUCGCUCCACGACUUUAUGGCGGACCGUCAUCGUUCGGAACAAUACCACGUGGAUGCCGCAGAAGCUCACGAGUACCUUGCAUGUCGCUGCCUUGAUUUGGUCGUACAAACCGAGCCACCGUAUGGAGGAGCACUUCGAUAUGCACGUUAUUGGUGGGGUACACAUCUUUCGAAGGCUUAUCCUAGCAGAGAAAUUCGACAACGGCUUGCUUGGUUUAAAAGGGACAAUUUGCGACGUUUGGUGACGGUCGCAGAACAAGAUCAAUCACUCCGUGAUCUAAUAGUCAACUUGCGUGAAGCAAGAAAGGCGUGUUUUUCCUGGGUGACUAUUUUGAAUAUCGGUAGGCGGUGCACACUGAUCAAAUGUCGUUUAGAAAUGGAUCAGAAAUUUAUCUGA